AUGUUGGCGUCUCGUUGGACCUUGUUGCUGGAAUCCGUGCUUUUCCUUUUCCUGUACUUCCGAAGCGGCGCCAUUCGCAAGGCUCUGCAGCAGGAGUCGAAAGCCCAGGCGGAGAGCGUCAGUGAAGUUGAACAUGCGGUGAUGAAUUUCCGCCUCAUCUCGGACUACAGCAAGAGGAGUGCCGUUGUGGAAGCGUUCGAGUCGAAUGUGGUGAACUUCCGCGGCGCGGCGAGGGCGGUAGGGCAGCUCUUAUUCAACAACCAGUUCUUCUGCAAGUGGUUGAGUCAGUUGCUGAUCGUCUUCUGGAUCGGCUUCGGUGGUAUGCAUGUGAUCUCCGGCGAGCUCUCCCUGGGCUUGUUCCUGUGCGACAUCCAAAUCUUUCAGACCAUGGAGGAAAUCACGGAGCAAGUCUACACCAUGAUUGUGAAGCUGGAGACGAUCGAGCCGGCGCUGAUGAGGGUCGUGGUGUUGCUGAAUCUGCCCACGGACCUGCACCACCGGAAGAACUUGCAGGAUCGGCUGCGUGAGACCACGGCCUACAUGCGGGAGCGCGUGGAGAAGAAGCGGGCGGAUGAUGUUCGAAUGGACCUUUUGCCCAUCACGUUGCAGAGCCUCAGCCUCACGUACGUCGCACAGUCCAUCAGAGAUGGAGUCGCUCGAUGUGAUAGCACGACGCACCUCUUCAAGGGCUUGCUGAGCAUCGAACAGGGCACGAUGGUCAUCCUCAUCGGUCAGACAAAUGGAGGUAAAGCUUCGAG